UGUGGGCAGAGACCACUGAUAAAAAUGGAAAAUCCCAAUUUAUCCAGUUACCAUGGUACAGCUCCACAGCAAACAGAAGAUGUUCUGCCAAGCACUUCAGUGUAUUUCAAAACAUCUCCACCAUCAACUCCAACUACACCAGGAUAUUCAACUCACAAGUCACCACAGUGGGAAGACACUCAUGCCUUGCCAGGUGUGCUAUGAAUCUUCUCAUAACAUGCCAGCAGGCCUUCCAGGAGACGCAGCACAAAUAUCAGUGGAGUCCUUAUCAUUUAAUUUACCAAUGGCAAAGGUGUCAAAUCUUGUCUUUUCUCCCCUCGCAACUGGCCAAGCUAUUAACAUGGUAAGUGAGGGCAGUAUUCCAUCACCACCCAGCAGAAGCUCUUCAACUGGGGAGGGAUCAUGCGCAGUGUGUGGAGAUAAUGCAGCCUGUCAACACUAUGGAGUUAGGACAUGUGAGGGAUGUAAAGGCUUCUUCAAAAGAACAGUGCAGAAAAAUGCAAAAUAUGUAUGCCUGGCAAAUAAAACUUGUCCAGUGGACAAAAGAAGAAGAAACCGCUGCCAGUACUGCAGAUUUCAAAAAUGCCUCAGCGUUGGCAUGGUUAAAGAAGUUGUAAGGACAGAUAGUCUGAAAGGAAGAAGAGGAAGACUUCCAUCUAAACCAAAAAGUCCAUCUCAUCAAGAAUCAUCUCAAAUGAGUUUGCCAUCUCCUUCAAACAGUCUGUUGGAAGCUUUGAUUCAAGCAGUUGAAGACUCUUCACCCAGGGAUCUAGACUACUCUACAUACUCUAGUGACACUGACCAGGCAGCUGCCAGCACAGAUAUAGAAUGUAUUCAACAGUUCUACAAUCUCCUUACUAUCUCCAUUGAAAUCUCUAAAAAAUGGGCAGAAAAAAUUCCUGGAUUUGUUGAACUUUCACAUGAUGAUCAGACAUUACUGAUAGAAAUGGCAUUUCUGGAACUUUUUCUACUAAGACUUUCGAUCAGGUCUAAUGUCACUACAGAUGAAUUUGUGUUUUGUAAUGGACUAGUGCUGCACAGACUUCAGUGCCUUCGUGGAUUUGGUGAAUGGCUGGAUUCAGUUAGAAACUUUUCAUUACAUAUACAGAGCCUUAACCUUGAUGUCUCAACAAUAGCCUGUCUGUCUGCAGUGUGUCUUGUUUCUGAACGACAUGGCCUAAAAGAACCAAAGAAGGUAAAUGAACUACAUAACAAAAUAAUGUGUUGUUUAAAAGAUCACUUAGCUUUAAAUAUUCAAAGUAAAGGACAACAACUAGAUACUGCCACAGCAUUAAGUGUUCUAACAGAUCUGCGUGCUCUUUGUACAUUGGGACUUCAACGCAUAUUUUACUUGAAGCUGGAAGAUUUGGUACCGCCACCUCCUGUAAUUGAAAAGUUAUUUCUAGACACUUUGCCUUUUUGAAGAUGGUGAAACAGCGCCGAUCCACCAUAUCAUGAACCACAAG